AUGUCGUCCAAGGAGCCGCAGCCCAACGAGGCUGAGAAGAAUAUUGAGAUCUGGAAGGUCAAGAAGCUGAUCAAGCGUCUUGAAGCCGCCCGUGGAAAUGGCACCUCCAUGAUCUCCCUCAUUAUUCCCCCAAAGGACCAGGUUUCGCGCGCGGCAAAGAUGUUGGCAGAAGAAUUCGGCACUGCCUCCAACAUCAAGUCCCGCGUCAACCGCCUCUCCGUCCUUUCGGCCAUCACGUCGACCCAGCAGCGCCUGAAGCUGUACUCCAAGGUCCCGCCCAAUGGCCUCGUUGUCUACUGUGGUGAAAUCAUCACCGCAGAAGGCAAGGAGCGCAAGAUCAACAUCGACUUUGAACCCUUCAAGCCCAUCAACACCUCGCUAUACCUCUGUGACAACAAGUUCCAUACCGAGGCCCUGAGCGAGCUGCUCGAGUCGGACCAGAAGUUCGGCUUCAUCAUCAUGGAUGGUAACGGAGCCUUGUUCGGCACCCUCUCUGGCAACACCCGUGAGAUUGUCCACAAGUUCUCUGUCGAUUUGCCCAAGAAGCACGGUCGUGGUGGUCAGUCCGCCCUGCGUUUUGCCCGUCUGCGUGAGGAGAAGCGCCACAACUACGUCCGCAAGGUAGCCGAGUUGGCAGUGCAAAACUUUGUCACGGCAGACAAGGUCAACGUAGCCGGCAUCAUUCUGGCUGGUUCCGCCGACUUCAAGAACGACUUGAACCAGUCCGACUUGUUUGACAACCGUCUGCAGUCCAAGGUCAUCAAGGUCGUCGACGUGUCUUACGGCGGUGAGAACGGCUUCAACCAGGCCAUUGAACUCGCGGGUGAGACGCUCAGCAACGUCAAGUUUAUCCAGGAGAAGAAGCUCAUCAACACGUAUUUUGACCACAUCUCCAUGGACUCGGGCAAGGUCUGCUACGGUAUCGAUGAUACCCUCAAGGCUUUGGAGGCUGGCGCGGCCGAGACUUUGAUCGUCUUCGAGAACCUAGAAAUCACGCGCUGGGUGCUCAAGAGUUCUGCGGGCACGGAGAUUAUCCUCCACACAACCAAGGCGCAAGAACAAGAUCGCAGUCUCUUCAUGGACAAGGAAACUGGACAGGAGAUGGAAGUCGUUGAUCAGGGCUCUAUGCUUGAAUGGCUGGCCGAGAAGUACCGCGACUUUGGUGCUACCCUUGAGUUUGUUUCCGACCGGUCCUCCGAGGGCAACCAGUUCGUCAAAGGCUUUGGUGGCAUCGGCGCCAUUCUCCGCUACGCACUCAACUUUGAACAACUGCAGGAAUUCGACGAUGAUGAAGACGAGUUCUACGAUGAUUGA